AUGGGGCGGCGGCGGCGGCGGGGGGCGCUGGCGGAGCCGGCGGGCGGCGGGUGCUGCUGCUGCCUGGCGGCGGCGCUGCCGCUGCUGCUGCUGCUGCUGCCCGCCGGGUGCCCGGUGCGGGCGCAGAACGACACGGAGCCCAUCGUCCUGGAGGGGAAGUGCCUGGUGGUGUGCGACUCCAGCCCCUCGGCCGACGGCGCCAUCACCUCCUCCCUGGGGAUCUCGGUGCGCUCGGGCAGUGCCAAGGUGGCCUUCUCGGCCACCCGCAGCACCAACCACGAGCCCUCCGAGAUGAGCAACCGCACCAUGACCAUCUACUUCGACCAGGUAUUAGUUAAUAUUGGCAACCAUUUUGAUCUUGCUUCCAGUAUAUUUGUAGCACCAAGAAAAGGAAUAUAUAGUUUCAGUUUCCACGUGGUCAAGGUCUAUAACAGACAAACCAUCCAGGUAAGUUUAAUGCAAAACGGCUACCCAGUGAUUUCAGCUUUUGCAGGGGAUCAGGAUGUCACCAGAGAAGCAGCCAGCAACGGGGUCUUGCUCCUCAUGGAAAGAGAAGACAAAGUGCAUCUCAAACUGGAAAGGGGUAACCUCAUGGGAGGGUGGAAAUAUUCAACCUUUUCUGGCUUCUUAGUCUUUCCACUAUAAAAGAAGGCCAAAUAGGAGACAGAUUCAUGAGCUGGAGCAAAGAUUCAGUCGUUAACAACACCCUGAACUUGGCAACACAUGACAAUAUUUCCAGUCACCCUGUCAGACUGUCACAGUAGAAGAAUGAUAACCUUCUAAACUCCAAUAUUUACUUUGAAUAUUGACAAUUCCUUGGGAACCUGCGCCUCUAAUUAGUUUUAGACGACAGUGAUCUUUAGGAGAAAUGAAAUUAUCGACCUGAGCAAUUUGUACCUGUGAUUGUAAAGUCAAUUUUGGAUUUUAUUGUUGGGAUCGUUGACUUUCUUCUUCAAAUAUUUUUUCCCUCUCUUUAAUUUUUUCCCCUUUUCUUUCUCUUCUUGUUGUCCCAAUGAGACAAAUAACUCGGACCACACUAUUGCUUUGUCAAAGGCUCACGCCAGAGCCAGAAGAAUGAAGUAUUCAACUCAAUGAGGUGUUCUUUCCAUGCUUUAUUUCUUUGUGUUGUAUAGCCUUAAGG